AUGUUUUUGUUCCUAAAUCUAGGUAAUUCUGAAGGGGAAGAUAAAGAAACUGGCCACCAAGAUGGUAAUCACUAGUGGAAAUGAAGAAGAUAAAGGCAGUCAAGAAAAGGAAAGCAAAGAAGAAACCAUCUUGGCAAUGCUUGGAAUAAUUGGGACAAUUCUGAACCUCAUUGUGAUCAUUUUUGUGUAUAUUUAUACAACGUUGUAAACUAGAAGGCAUGCAAAUAGACCAGAUAAAACAGCCAUUAAGAGUGACAACAAACAUUGCUGACUAUUGACAAGUUCUUUAAUCAGAAUUGACUCUGUAUUAUAUUAACACAUCAUAAAAACGCUGCCCGAAGGCAGUGAAGACUGAAGCACAAUUAAUUUAACAAGACUUUUUCACACAGUAAUAAGCUUAACUCUUCUCUCCUGCCCUCUCCCUUUUGGUUUGGUUUUCAGUUUGGGGGAGAAUGACUGCAAUUAUAUAAAGUUGUAGCUUUGAAAAAUUUCACCAGGGAUAUGUUGUUUUAACACAAUUACAAAAAAAAAAAAAAAGAAAAAGGAAAAAAAAAAGGAAAAUUAAAAAAAAAAAAAAAGAAAGAAACUGUACAUAGAAAUGUAUGCUGUAUACCCGCAAAGACUGAACUCAAAGAUAGCUUCAUAGCCCAGAUCACGUGUCUUUUAGGUCAAAUGUUUUGGGUUUUUUUUUUUUCUCUUGGUUCUUACUUUUACUUACAUUGAAUCUGACAAGCUUUUUAUUUAGAAUGAACAUAUGGUGCAAUUAUGAAAAAAAGCAAUUCCAUUGAACAAGGUC